GGAAAAAUUAAUCGCAAAUGGGAAACGAGAAGAUGGAAGCCAUGGAAGCUGUCUGAGGCGAAAUUCGGCCGAUUCGCCGCGAUUUUUCGGCAUUCGUCGAGGCCUAGGGGCAGUGCGGAAAAUGUGGAGGGUUGACUUGUGUCGAAGGACGGAGUGAAGAGCUCGAGAAUGCGAGAGGACGAGGUGGAUUGUCAAGGACUGGCUGCGCUCAGCAUUCGGCCCGACGACUCGCAGCGCCGUUCGGCCCGAUUUGAGUCGCUUCCACAGGAGGUUCUGGCCAGGAUCCUUGAGUUCUGCGACACUCGUGACAUCCUGACCUGCGAAUUGGCCUGCGACGCGGCCAGAAACGUCGCUGCAGACCAAUACUUUUGGAAACGAAAGUGCCAGCUGCUCCUUCGACGUUAUGGGAUGCGAGUGGAUGACUACAAGGGGUGGUUCAAUGAGGCACUUGACUUUCGAGCUGUAUGUCUGCGACUAGACACCAUUUUUGAGCAGAACGAAUCGUCGUUCAGCAAGUGCAACCGUUGUCGACGUUUUACAUGUUUGCAGGGAUGUCUGGAAGACAGACAUCAAAAGUAUGUGGUGGACGUGGGCAGCAAGCUGAGCUGGGUGGUGACUCCAAUGAUGGAGCUCAAGCGCCACCAGACCAUCCUCAGCCUGCCCAGGUCGAUCAAGUGCGCCGACUGCGACUCUCUCGUCAGCAGUCUCUUUUUCGGCGCCAGCUCGCCUUGCAAAUGCACAGUCGGCAAAGAGUACAAAUAUGAAAAGUUUGGCAGCUCGUCAAGCAUCGUAGGUCGAACAGGCCGUUUUGAAUAUUGCAGUCCCGAGCUGGACGAAGGCGUGGAGACUCGCUGCCUUUACUGCAAGCACCGUGUGUACACAGAGAACUCGACUGGGCAGGAGUGCCACCUGAUGCGCGAAUGCUGCAACGAAGACUCAAACGUGUCCGCCCGUCCGGCCACUGCUGAGGUGGCCGAGGUUCGCAACGGCUUCUGUCUUGACAGCGCCCAGCAGAUGAACCUGCGCAGUCUUGACUUUGUCAGCCCGGAGCUGGCGUUGCGCCAGGGCGGCCGAAAAUUGGCUCUGACAAAGGCCUUCCUGAGACAUCUGCUUGCUCCUUCCGGAGACCUUGAGGAGCUGCGCAAGCCGCAGUGUGUGCUUGCCUUUUGCGAGCCGCUCAACCUGAAAGCUGAAGUACGCAAAGAAAUGCUCGAAUUCUUUUUUCUUGACCUCAAACUCAGCAGGGUUUGCAUGGUGCCAAAGCCAUUGGCCGUAAGCGCCGAGCGAGGUUUGGACAACUGCAUUGUGGUUGACUCUGGAGCGCUGAACACCGUGGUUGCGGUCAUCAUCAAGGGCCAAAUUGUGAUGGAGCGUUGUCGCGAACUGGCAAUUGGUGGUCGUCAGAUUGCCGAGUCUCUCCACCUGGCACACGCCUGUGAUGACGCCAGCCAGGAGAUACCUGUGAGCAGUUUGGACAGUGCCGAGGUCAAAGAGCAGUGCCGUCUUAGCUACAACCUGGCCCAGGAAGAGCAGAGUGAGUGCACGGUGCGCUGCGAGUCUAUUUGGGUGCCAGCACCCAACCGCAAGAACAUGAGAAUGAAGAGCUGGAAACCUAUCAAGCUAGGGAACGAAAUAUUCAGAGCACCUGAGUACAUGUAUGUCCAGCUAAACCUGCCGCAGAUCAUAGUCGACGUGGUCCUCGGCCUGCCAGAGGAUGAGCUGAAAGAUUGCCUGAGUCAUAUUGCACUCACUGGAGGGAACACAAGUCUGAAUGGCUUUGACACUCGACUAAAGCGCGACUUGUGCGAAUUGAUGCCCAUGUAUGCACCAAUUAUUGAAAUUGCUCGAGCAGUUGGCUCGCGGAGCUCAGACGCGGCAGUCGGCUCCACCUUCAUUCCGUUCCCUUUGAAGCAUGAGCCAGUACCCCAAAAGUCGGAGCCAGGUUGCGCAUCGUGGAUCUCAAGGGAUGAGUUCAUUUUUUACGGCGCCGACCUUCUCUGCUGAGAGGAAAGGUAGGGAGGGUAGCCAAGCGGCACAACAAGCAGUUCUUGUUAUUGACUUGAUAACUUGAGUGACCUGAUGCAUAGAAAGUCGUUUCGGAUUCUUAUCCAAAUCACAAAGGCGAUAUUUUCAAGCCCAACGUUUGUUAACGGUUAAGAGACUAUGUACGCAAGAGAGAGAAAGAGAGAAUGAUUAUGAGUGCAACUGAAUUGGUGUGCAGGAAAACAAGCCGAAUCUUAGAAUCGAUGUCACAAAAUUUCUGAUCUAGUAGUUGGCGAUUCAGAUGAUAGAAUCAAAACCGAAAUGUGUAGAUUUCCAACAUUAAGUAGUUUU